ACUUUGUUACAGUCACAUAACGCAGUCUAAAGCUGUGCAGACAGGAUCUUUAGUUCCUGAAGAGAUGUCCUCCCAAGUCAGACUGAGGCUGCUGCCGAGUGCCAGAUGUUUGUUCGACGAGCCCGUUCAGGUGAAGGUGGCCGGGCUGAGGUCGAGGCAGGUGGUCACCCUGAGAGCCGGAUCAACAGAUGAGAAGGGAGUGCUGUUCAGAUCCUCGGCCACCUACAGGGCUGAUGAGAGCGGGGAGAUCGACCUGGACAGAGACCCCUCACUCAGCGGGAGCUACGUCGGGGUCGAACCCAUGGGUCUGCUGUGGUCAAUGAAGGCAGACACUUUGCACAAAAGGUUUCAAAAAACGAAUUCACUAAUCCCCCACAUGGUGAAGUUCUCUGUGCAUGAGGAGGAGAGCGAAGGAAGAAUUCUGGCAGAGGCGACUAAUGAAAGGUGUCUGACCAGACAGGGGGUCAGCCGGCUCCCCGUCAAAGAGGGGAAUAUUCGUGGAGUCCUGUUCACUCCCCCGGGAGAAGGUCCGUUCCCUGCCGUGUUGGAUGUGUGCACCUUUAUGUGUGAGAAAAGAGCCAGUCUCCUGGCCAACAGAGGGUUUGUGGUUCUGGCUGUAGCGGUGUACAAUGAAAAGCCUGACAACGUCAAAAACAUCCAUCUGGACUACUUUGAAGAAGCAGUGGGUUUCUUACUAAGACAAACCAAGGUGGGCAGCAAAGGAGUUGGUCUAGUAUCUAGAUCAAAGGGAGGAGAUAUUGCUCUUUCCAUUGCUGCUUUUGUGCCGGGGGUUGCGGCCACAGUGUGGAUUAACGGUUGCAACGCCAAUAUGGCCGUUCCUCUCUACUAUGAGAACCGCCAAAUCCUCUCACCGAUUCUGUUUGAUUACAGCAAGGUCAUUCCCACUGAGUCGGGAGCCAGCAUAGUCAAGUAUGGUGCUAAAAAUCCCCUGGCCGAGGAGAACAAGGCCAGUCUGGUCCCCAUUGAACGAGCAAAGGGCCAUUUCCUCUUUGCAGCUGGAGAGGACGACCUCAACUGGGACAGCAAGGCUUACAUGGACGAGAUGGUGGAGAGACUGAAGCGUCAUGGGAAGGAGAACUUUGAGAGUCUGAGUUACCCGGGAGCAGGACAUUACCUAGAGCCACCUUAUGGACCCCACUGCCCCUCCAGCUAUCAUUGGAUUGUGGGUGCACAGGUCCUGUGGGGGGGUGAGCCCAGGUCCCACGCAGCAGCUGAAGUCCACCUGUGGAAGAAGAUCCAGGAGUUCUUGAGAACUCACCUGAGCUGUGAUGCUACACGGUCUAAAGCCAAGUUAUAGAUGCAAAUAGGAUGAUAGGAAAGAC